CCGAAGCGCAGCUGUUGUGAGGGUUUUCAGGCCUCGCUGCUGCUGUUGAAGUGAAAGCGACACGGAACCGCGUGGAGUGGAGAAGAAUUCAGUCAGGAAUCGUUCUUGAUAGUGAAUUAUAAUUGUCGGUAAUAAUCAUAAGAGACUUUAAUCAUUAUUAUCAUGUCUCGGUACAUGAGACCGCCGAACAGCUCACUGUUUGUUCGAAAUAUUUCCGACGAGUCCCGGCCAGAGGACCUGCGCCGAGAGUUCGGCCGAUACGGGCCCGUGGCCGACGUCUACAUUCCUCUAGACUUCUAUUCACGCCGACCCAGAGGAUUUGCGUACAUUCAGUUUGAAGAUGUCCGUGACGCGGAAGACGCUCUGCACAACCUGGACAGGAAGUGGGUUUGCGGACGGCAGAUCGAGAUCCAGUUCGCUCAGGGAGAUCGCAAGACACCUGGUCAGAUGAAGACGAAGGAGCGCCAGUCUCCGCGCAGCGAACGGGACGGCAGACGCAGACGCUCUCGCAGCCGCAGCGACAGACGCAGAUCACGCAGCCAAUCCUACGAGAGACGGCGCCGGCGGUCCGACAGCCCCCGAGACUCCAGAGGAAGGCCCCACAGCAGACGCAGCCGCAGUCGAGAACACGACAGGCACCGGCCGUCUGCGCGUGAACACCACCGCUCUCGGGUCGACGAGCGCUCCCGCAGCCCCUCUCACUCCAAGGCCCGGUCCGGACGCAGAGAGUCUGACGCGGCUCGGUCCCGCUCCAAGUCCAUCAGCCCACGCCAAGCCAACGAUUUCCACAUGGAGAACCAGGAUUCUGCUCUGGGCAAGACGCACAUGCACUCCCCGUCCCGGUCCCGGUCCCCGUCCCGCUCACGGUCCCGCUCGCGCUCCUGGGCCGGCCGCAAGUCCUGGGGGCAUUAGACCAUACAAGUCCUCAAUGGGUGGUUUUCUUUUUUUUGUUUUUUCGGUUUAGUGUUUGGGAUGCAGUGUGAAGGCGUACUGGCGGUCAUAAACCUGCCAGUUUCAGCUGUCGGUCUAUUUCUUUUAAUAAGGAGAAGAGUCCUCCUGCAUCCAGUUUUAGCAAAUGUUCACAUGUCUGUUUAUAGGCUGCCGGCAAUGCUCAUACUAGCAUUGAAGUAUUCAGCGAAAGACGUCUUUUGGGUUUAGUUCACAAGCGCAGCUGCAUUUGAGACCGAAUGAGAGAUGUAAGUGGCUUUCAAUAUUUUUGUAUGAGAUUUGUGUUAAUUGACCAGUAAUGGCCAUCCAUUCAAAACGGUCUUCCACGAGUGUCUCGGAUGUGUUUUUUACUUUUAAAAUCUGCAGGCCUUUUACAUGUAACCUCAAAAUGAAAUAAAUUUCUUGUGCAUCA